AUGGGCUGCGCACAAUCCAAGACCGACGACGUGACGACCUCGACUGAGCCGGAGGCUGAGUCUGUAGCCGAUGUGAAUGAGACGGAGCCCGUUCCGGUCGAGCAGCCGGAGGAACAAGAGAUGGCAGCGGACAAAUCCGACGAGCCAGAGGCCGAGGCGGUCUCGCGCGAAGACCCCACCGAGGAGCUGUUCAAGAUCAAGGGCCACGAGAUCGACGAGACGGGCGUCGUGUUCUACAUUGUUGAAGCCAUCGAUGGCGACAUGAGCUUCGUCAAGCGCUUCAGCGAGUUCAAGGCGUUGGUGGUGGAGUUGGGCAGUCCCAAGCUUCUACCAGCUCUUCCUGGCUCUGGACUGGGUGCCAAGCUGCGCAGCAAGCACGAUCCGUCCAUGAUCCAGGAACGCGAGACGCAGCUGGCCAUCGUGCUCAAUGCAAUCGCCAAAGAUGCAGAGCUGGCCGAAACGGAAGCGUUCAAGAACUUUGUGCAGUAG